AUAAAGGCAGAAUCUUUCUCGAAAUUUCUUUGAUCCAUUGUUGCCCAUUCCUGGAUUCCUACUUUCGUUUGAUUUGUUUCCAAAAAGAAAAAGAUGGAUACGAUGGCAAAGAAAGCAACUUUAUCAGUGACUAUGGUGUUUAUGAUCCUCUUUGCAACUUUCCAAGGUUGUUUCCCAGCCGCCAGUCAGCCUCCUAACAAGGGAAACUCAAUCCAAUCCGCUGUCACUCGUGGGUCUCUUCUUUUUCCUGUUACUGGGAAUGUUUAUCCUCUUGGUUACUACUCUGUAUCCCUUACUAUAGGCAACCCACCCAGGGUUUUUGAGUUUGAUAUUGACACUGGAAGUGACCUUACUUGGGUUCAAUGUGAUGCACCUUGCACUGGUUGCACUAAGCCCAAAGAAAAUCUUUACAAGCUCCAAAAGCAAGUCCUUGUGCAAUGUAAGCAUCCAUCUUGCGAGGCAGUUCACUCGCCAGGAAGUCCUCAUUGUGAGACUCCAACUGACCAAUGUGACUUUGAGGUGGAGUAUGUGGAUCAUGGCUCGGCUCUUGGGGUGCUUGUUGCAGAUAACAUUUUUCUAAGUCUCACCAAUGGCUCUAAAAUCAGUCCCCGCUUGAGCUUUGGAUGUGCAUAUGAUCUGAAGAAUCCAGGUCCAUACCCUCCUCCAUCCACGGAUGGGGUCCUUGGACUUGGCAGUGGUAAAGCAAGUAUCUUAUCACAACUGCACAGUAUGGAUCUAACACGAAAUGUCAUAGGUCAUUGUUUAAGUGGGGAAGGGGGAGGGUAUGUGUUUCUUGGAGAUGAUCUCGUACCCUCCUCUGGAGUUGUUUGGAUGCCAAUGUCAAGUGAUGCUAAACAUUAUCUGUCCAUUCCAGCAGAACUUCUCUUGGGUGGAAAGCCUACUGGUAUAAAGGAUCUAAAAAUAGUAUUUGACAGUGGAAGCUCUUACACUUACUUCAGUUCACAGUUCUAUGAAGGUGUACUCAAUCUGCUAAGGAAAGAUGUGAAAGGAAAGCCGUUAAAUGUAGUGAAUGAUCCAGCUCUCCCAAUUUGCUGGAAAGGCAGAGAACGUUUCAAAUUGGUUAGUGAUGUCAAGAAUUAUUUCAGCACCUUAGCACUGAGCUUUACACAUUCAAAGAAUGCUCAGCUACAACUACCACCUGAAGCCUAUCUAAUUGUUACGGAGAAUGGAAAUGUGUGCUUGGGAAUUUUGAAUGGCACAGAAAUUGGACUGAAAAAUUUCAAUAUAAUUGGAGAUAUCUCAUUGCAGAACAAAAUGGUGAUUUAUGACAAUGAGAAGAACCAGAUUGGAUGGAUUUCUACAAAUUGCAACAGGCUUCCUAAGUCCUCUAACAUUCUCUAGUAUUCUCUUUCCUUUAACAAAAACUGCUUUGCAUUUUCUCACCAGGAACUUUUGUUUUGCCUUUUCCUGUUUAUAAGCAGGUUAGAUUGCAGUUAUAAUGAGGAUGUUCUACAGCCUUACGCAGCCAGUUUUGGCAUCUUAGAAGAACAUUUCCCUGCAACAGAGGCUUCUGGGAAGAGAAACAAGUUUUCAAAAAGAGAGCUUCAAGGCAAAGAGUAGACACUAGACGACACGCUUAAGGGGAAAUGGCUUAAUGUUGUUAUAUGUUCCAAAAUACAAACAAACAUUUGUCCAUUAGGAGUUACAACUUACAACACUACAAUCAUUUUUAUUUUUUAUUCUGUUGUAACCUAGAAGAGUAUGAGGUAUAAGCUGCAAUGGCAAUAGGGUAGGUAAUGUCACACCAAUAUAUACUACAGAGGAAAAAGAAAAAAAGAACUCACUU